CCGACCAAAACUAUCUCCUUAGUACUUUGUUCUCAUCCAACCAGUAAUAUGUUUGUUUGUUAUGCAUACUAAAUUCAACUCAUAUGUUACAGUUUAUACGCGAACGUCAUUAAACAGAACAAAGUCAACGUGAAUACCGUUCCUUACGUGUGUAAAGAACGCUUCUUGUCAAGACCUGUGGUUUGUUUUAGUCGGCCCACAGAACGGCGAAACGCAUCCUCCUCACAUGGGACGUUCAGUUUUUACUUUGAAUCAAAUGAUAGCCGAAAACGCUUAAGUUUUACUCUUUUUAAAUACCCACAUCGUCAUCAUGUUGAAAUCUAAAACCUUCGUUAAGAAGACUCGGGGCGGCCGGGUGAUGAAAAUAGUGCGCGAGCAUUAUCUGCGAGACGACAUUUGGUGCGGAAGCGAGGCGUGCGACCAGUGCCGCCAGGAGUCCACUGUGCUGCAGAGAGAAGCAUGCAUCGAGAGCAACUUGUGCUCGUUUUCGCAUUACCUCGUCCCCGACACCAAUGUGGUGUUGCAUCAGAUCGAUGUUUUGGAGGACCCUGUGAUUUGCAACGUGGUGAUCCUCCAGACCGUUCUGCAGGAAGUACGCCACCGCAGCGCGCCGGUCUACAAACGUCUCAAGGAUCUCAUCCAUGAGGAGGAAAGACACUUCUACACAUUUACCAACGAGCACCACAGUGAGACAUUCAUCGAACGCGAACCGGGGGAGAGCGCCAAUGACCGGAAUGACCGAGCUAUCCGUGUGGCGGCCAAGUGGUAUAGCGAGCACCUGGCAAAGCCCGAUGACCCCAAGCUGGUGCUCCUAACGAAUGAUGUCGCUAAUAAGCAGAAGGCACAAGAGAGCGGUCUGUUGGUGUACAAAUUCGAGGAGUACGUGAAGGGCCUGAUCGCAAAUCCCGAGCUCGUGGAUCGCCUCGCCUUGUCAAAUGAUGACAAGAACGACAUCGCCAGCAGUCGGGUGUUAUUUCCUGAGCAUCUCCCGCUGUCCAGGAUCCAGGCGGGCAUCAAAAGCGGCUCCUUCCUCCAGGGGACCUUCAAGGCCAGCAGGGACAACUAUCUGGAGGCCAAAGUUUUUAUUCAAAAAGACGAGGAAGACGGCACAGAGGUUCUGAUCCAGGGCCUUCAGCACCUCAACAGAGCCGUGCACCAAGAUGUGGUCGCCGUGCAGUUGUUGCCGCGCAGUCAAUGGGUGGCACCGUCUUCCGUCAUGCUGCAGGACGUGGGCUCGGCCAAAGACGACACCGCUACCGAAGAAGAGGAGCAGGAGGAGGAUGCUCUGAGAAGUUGCGCAGGGGAUGUCGACAGGAAGCCGACAGGCAAGAUAGUCGGGAUCAUCAAGAGGAACUGGAGGCCCUUCUGUGGCAUGCUCAAUAUCUCUCAAAUCAAAGAGUCGACGCGCCACCUUUUCACGCCAGCCGACCGCUGCAUUCCACGCAUCCGCAUCGAAACCCGCCAAGCGUCCACAUUAGCAGGCCAGAGGAUCAUGGUGGCCAUCGACGGCUGGCCCAAAGACUCCAGAUAUCCAAAUGGUCACUUUGUCCGUACUUUGGGCGCGGCGGGGGAAAAGGAGACGGAAGAAGAAGUCCUGCUGCUGGAGCACGACAUUCCCCAUCAGGCCUUCUCCCAGGCCGUGCUUAGUUUUCUUCCCAAAACGCCCUGGAGCAUCAAACCAGAGGACCUCGCGGGCAGGGAGGACCUGAGGCAUCUGACAGUGUGCAGCGUGGAUCCUCCCGGAUGCACGGACAUCGACGACGCGCUCCACUGUCGAGAGCUGGCCAACGGCAACUUUGAGGUGGGAGUCCACAUCGCCGACGUCACUCACUUCAUCAGACCCGGGAACGCUCUGGACAAAGAGGCCGCCAGCCGAGGCACGACGGUUUACCUCUGCGGCAAAAGGAUCGACAUGGUUCCCGAGCUGCUCAGCUCCAAUCUGUGUUCGCUCCGCUCCAACGUGGACAGGCUGUCUUUCUCGUCCAUCUGGGAGAUGAAUCAAAAGGCUGAAGUUGUGAAAACGCGCUUCACGAAAAGUGUCAUCAACUCCAAGGCGUCUCUGACGUACGCCGAGGCCCAGAUGAGGAUCGACGACACGGGCAAGAAUGACGACAUCACUAAAAGCCUGCGCGGCCUCAACAAGCUCGCCAAGAUCCUGAAGAAGCGCAGGAUUGAGAAAGGGGCGCUGACGUUGUCCUCCCUGGAGGUCCGCUUCCACAUGGACAGCGAAACCCACGACCCCAUUGAGCUCCAGACCAAAGAGCUCAUGGAGACCAACUCCAUGGUGGAGGAGUUCAUGUUGCUGGCUAACAUCUCAGUGGCCCAGAAGAUCUACGACGAGUUUGCCGAGUGCGCCCUGUUGAGGAAACAUCCGGCACCGCCGCCUUCCAACUACGACAUUCUCCUGAAGGCAGCAAAGUCCAAGGAUGUCCUGCUCCGUACGGAUUCGGCCAAGGCGCUGGCCGACUCGCUGGAAGCGGCCAACGUGGACGGCUUUGCCAACUUCAACACGUUGCUGCGCAUCCUGGCCACUCGCUGCAUGAUGCAGGCCGUCUAUUUCUGCUCGGGCAUGGACAGCGACUUCCACCACUACGGUCUCGCCUCGCCCAUUUACACGCACUUCACGUCGCCCAUUCGAAGGUACGCCGACAUCAUCGUGCACCGCCUUCUGGCCGUGGCCAUUGGAGCGGACAGCACCUACCCGGAAUUGACGGACAAACACAAACAAUCGGCGCUGUGCAACAACCUCAACUACAGACACAAAAUGUCCCAGUACGCUCAGAGGGCAUCUGUGGCCUUCCAUACACAGUUGUACUUUAAGAGCCGAGGCGUCCUGAGCGAGGAAGGAUUCAUCCUGUUCGUAAGGAAGAACGCCAUCAUCGUCCUCAUCCCCAAGUUCGGCCUGGAGGGGGCGGUCUUCUUCGACGGCAAGGACAAGAGCGGCCCGAACCUCGUAUUUGAUGAGGAGUAUCCGUCUCUGACCGUGGAGCGCCACACCUUCCGGAUAUUCGACCGGGUGAAGGUCACCGUCAGCCUGGACGACUCCAACAUUCAGCACCAGAAGAUACGCAUGGCCUUGAUCGAGCCUGUGAUCCCGGGUGUAAGCGUUUCGGCCACGGACGGUGAAACGCAAAACAAGAAGCCCAGGCUGGAUAGUUAAGCCGGCCACGUCGCAUCAAGAACCGGACUCGACAUUCUUUGGACGAUGUAAUAAAACUGCCAUGCAAACAUAAAAAAAAAUAAAAUAAUUUUUUUUUUACAUUUCAAAGGGGCCUGCGUGGGUUUUCUCCGGGUGCUCCGGUUUCAUCCCACAUUCCAAAAA